AUGCAUGAACAUCCGUUAUCUGUUCUAUCAAUACUUGGUGGGUUUCGGUCACCUCUCAAGAUGGCUACCAUGAGAGUUGAUGUCAAACUGAAUUCUACUAGCUUGUCGCCCAAUCCCAUGCCGCCACCCUUUUUCUUUUUGGAGCUUCGCCUCCAUCGCUAUUGCAGAAAAUUACUCAGAAACCUUCAAGGAGAGUUGAUGGAGAUUGGAACCCGUCAAGUUGCUCCAACCUCCUCUUUCCUCUUCGAAAUUCAUUCCCAUGACCUAGUUUCUGAGCAACCAUGCAAAAGCCGUCUUAAUUAUCUUUUCUCUUCCAUUAACCUUGAUGAGCCUGUCCGCGAUUUCUUAGCUGAUCACAUUGCUUGCGUCCUCGUUUUCAUGGCCAAUGAGCAACCUUUUGUGGGGCAUUAUGUGGUGGCAGACACAGACAUUACCCUUGAGUGCUUGAUUGCCGGAGAUCCCAUUGAUCGGACAAUGGUAGUAGACGAAGAGCCCCGAGAAGUGGUUCCCGGAGGUGCAUCGACUUCUGCACUAAACAAGUUGAAGAAGCAGAGGUUUUUCGCCAAGAAGAGCGGUGAUGGCGAUGAAUUAUCCGACGACUGUGUGAUUUGCUUGGAGGGAUUAUCCGGCAGCCGGGAGGCACUCACAAAUAUGACAUGCAAUCAUAUAUUUCAUGAAAGGUGCAUCUUUGGCUGGUUGAAGGUUCAGAAUUCAUGCCCGACAUGUCGACGGGAGCUUGAGGAUUAA